GUCAGCGUAUCCCUCAAAACAGUAAACCUCCCUUCCCCAACAACGGCGGAAGACGUCCUCGUCCCUGGUGACCGCAUCGGCGUAGGCCUCCUCCUCCUCGGGGAACGCAUACACCCUGUCCCGCUCGGUAACCACCCUAGUCCGGAACAAGGUGGCGAGAUCGCAGAUGUCGUCCAGGUCAUGCGCAAGAUCGGGGAGGGGAGCAACGCCUGCGUGUAUCUUGUUCGGGAGGUGCUUGGUGAGCACCCGCGCCGUGCUGCGCUCAGGAGGAUGGACGACGAGCCCGAAACGAUCUUUGGCAGAUUGGAGAUGGACAGCGACACGCCCGCAUUCGUCCAGCCCCGUCAACCGGUCAAGUAUGGAAGAGAGUUUGCUAUCAAAGUUCUCAGCAAGCGUGACCUUUCCCCGGGACAGAUUGGCACCCAGUUACAGGAAGCGCAGAUACACCAGUCUCUCCCUUAUCAUCCGAACAUUGUCACUCUCCACCGGACGCUCAUUACUGACAGCUGGCUCUUGCUCAUCCUAGAGCACGUGCCUGGCGAAGACCUGUUCUACUUCCUCGAACAGGCUAGGGACAGCGACGUUCACCCGAGCAUGCUCUCCCCUUCCCCGUCGUCCAGCGUUUCAGAGCAUACACUACACAGGGGCUCCCUCACCGGGCCUAUAUCGCACACCCCGCGCACCCCGUCCCUCCUCUCCUCGCACUCUCCUGCCUCCCUCCUCUCGCCCCAACGUCUCCGCCUCAUAGCGCGCAUGUUCACCCAGAUGUGCGCCGCGGUCGCUUUCUGCCACGCGCACGGGAUUGCCCACAGGGAUAUCAAGCCUGAGAACUUUAUCGUCACUGAGGGAGAGGCGGAGGAUGGAGAGCGCAGAGUCAUGGUCAAGCUUACGGAUUUUGGACUCGCGAGUAGGGACAGGGAGAGUAAGGAUGUUGAUUGCGGUAGUGCGCCUUACAUGAGCUACGAAUGCGCGAACAACGUCGCUCCGACAUACGCUACCCACCCUGCGGACGUCUGGUCGCUCGGUAUAGUGCUCAUCAACAUGCUCUACCACCAGAACCCUUGGCCGCGGGCUACGAUCUCUGACCCGGACGCUCCUGACCUCGAGGACGGAGAAGGCGAGGCGUUCGAGGCGUUCCAGAGGGGCGGAGCGGGGUUUUUCAUGGAGCGUUUUCCUGGUGUUUCUCUGAACAUGGCACAGUACCUCGUUGAUCGGGUUUUCUGCCCUGCGGCAGACAGAGUCGACGCCUCCCAACUCGGUGCCUGGGUGCUCGACCUCGGGGGGAUGGUGGACGAAGUUUCGCUAGAACGGGAGAGGGGGAGGAAGAGGAAGACAGCCAAAGUCGGGAAGAGUAAGAGUAAGAGUCGGGUGGGGAGGAGGGAUCAGGCUGUGGGUAGGGAUGAGGACGAGAGGGAGAGGGAGAGGCGGGGGAGCAGGGCGUCCGGGACUAGAGUGGAACAUGUGCAUCAUUCGCAUGACCACCAUCGAGAGCACGACCGCGACCGCGAUAGGGACCACGACCGCGAAUCCCCUAGCUCGUCACGCGAGCCCAGUCUGAUGAAACGCCGCAAACGAGGUGCGAGGAGUAACAAGAGCAAGAACUCGGCUGCCAAUUCCGUUGCGUCCCUGCCUUUGCCACUUCCUGCGUCUGUUCCUGGAGGGGCUGGAGGGGUGGGGGCUUCACAGCUUGCGGGUGCGCUUGUAUUGGCGCAACAGCAGCAGGCGGAUUGUCAGCUCGCACUACAGCAGUCGCACCCCUCGCACCAGCCGCACCCUUCGCACCAGUCCCACCCCCAGAUGCAAGAACAAGACCGCGAGGCUCUCCAGUUGCAAGAACAUGCCAGUGCGGUCGAGGCGCUCGCUAGGGAGGCAAGCCUAGUCUCAGGGCCGCUUGUCCUAAGCCGGAGGAGCGUGGGGGAGGACUCCCUCCCCCUCCCCCUCCCCCUUCCCCUUUCUCUCCCUCCAGGAUCGUUCCCCAGUGCCACCGACCCUCUCCCUGGGAACGCGAGUCCAGGCAGUGCAGGCACUCUCCGUCCUCGUCCUAGUAUGGAAGCCGAUAUCUGGGCCAGGGGGCGGCAGCCUCCCCCUCCUCCUGCUCUUCCCACUCUCCCUCUUCCUCUUCCUCUUUCUGCCGGAUCAGCCUCUCGCCCGGCUCAAUCCUGGCGGGCGCAUCAUUCGCCACUCAACCCCGCCCACUACCCCGCACACUCAUUUCCCAACCCUUACCCCAACCCCGGCCCGCAGCCUAAUCCGAACUAUGCCUCCUCCGUAUCCUCCUUCACCCCCUCGACAGGCUCGUACAACACCCGCUUGAGCAACGGGAGCUUGCGUAGUCUGUCCACUGUGGCGACUACUAUGUCUGACCCGACUAGUGUGAAGAGUAGGUGGAGCGGGUUGAGGGAGGCGAGUAUUAGGUCUGUGGGGUCGGCGGAGUCACCUGCUGCUGGUGCUGGUGCUGGUCCUGGGCCGCCUUGCGUGAACGGCGACAAGGCCAAAGGCAAAGGCAAGGAGCGUGAGCGCGAGCGCGACAGGGACAGUAACCGGGAUCGUGAUCGCGAGCGGGACAGACCCUCCCCCCUCAAUUCAUCCAAAUCCCGCGUCCCCCGUACGAACGUCAAAUCCAUCCAAGGUCUCCCUCCGGAACUUGAUGACCUCCGAACGCCCGCCUCCUUCAUGUUUACCCGGCCUACGCCAGCGCAGAGGAUCGUUCAUGAGUCUAAGCGCGCGAUGCCAUGGAAGGGUGGUGCUGGGAAUGGAGCUGUGGGCGGGGCCGUUGGGGUUCCCCUGGGCGGGGGUGUUGGCGUUGGCGUGGGCGGGGGAGGGGGUGGGGGCGUUGGUACGGCGUCUGGGAUAAAGUUGGACCCGAUCGUCGAAGCCUCCAGGGUGGAAAAAGAACGCAUUGCUACAGCUACAGGACCGAUCUUCGAGCAACGGGACGCGUCGACAUCCACCACCAGCCUGAGCCUGUCGAACUACGUUUGCCCCGUCACUGCCCUCGCCUCCGCUACACCCGGUUGGACAAUCGGGACCGUGUAUGAAGACCGUGAACGGGAACGGGAACGGGAACGGCAAUGGGCGACCCCUGGACGGGCAAAACAAGGUCAGAUAUUGACACUUGGGAAGAUAUUGCGCGGACUGGGGAAUCGGGAGCCUCGCGAGGUACGGGAAGCGCGAGCCUAGUCCGGCUGUGUGUGUGUUUGUUUUUUUAUCAUUUUCUUUAUUCUCUUUUUUAUUCCCAUUUCUAUUCCUAUUCCUUGACGUUUCGACUUCGCUUUUUCGACUUUGUCUCGACUUCGCCUCGCGCUAUGGGGCUCUCUGCGUUUGCGGCUUACAUUACCCCUUUCAUUGUCGUAAAAUCUUUGCCUGUUGUGC